AUGCGUCGCACUGGAGAACCCCUGACUGAUUGGGAGCAACUGAGACAGCGAUUCUGCGAGCACUCCUGUAGUAUAACUAAGGAACGGAUGAAAGCCAUGAUAGCGGAGAAUGUAUGGAGGGGCGACCACCACGCAUACUCUGCGCGCUUUGCGGCCAUCGUGGCCCAAGGGGUGCCGGUGGCUCCAGACCUGUUGGUGGGCUACUACUUGGCCAACCUGCCGGACGAAAUAGCAGAACGGUUAACUGAAGCGGGAACCAGGAAGUUCUCGGACUGGCAGGAAGCCUCCGCAGCACUGGCUGCCAAGAUGGCACCGUGGGAAGACUUCUGCGAAGACCGCCACCGAUUCCAACGAGACUUAGAGGAUGCCAAGCGUAGAUGGGCUUACGGCGGGCGAGAGCCGGGCCUACUACGUGAACGAGAGAACAGCAACAACAGACGGAAUGAUACUACGGACUUGCGUUGCUACGCGUGCAGCGGAAGGGGACAUGCGAGCAGGGACUGUCCGCUCCGGCCGAACUCCAUUCCAGUCUCCCCAGAUUGGGGGAAGAGGUUGCGUAUUGGGGAAGAGCGGGAACGCCCCGAGGGUCCGGACGUGGGGGAGACUCAGCUACCCCUGGCAGACCAGUCCCACGCCGAGACUACGCUGCAAAUCAAGGAAGGGUCUAGGCGUAGACUGGACCACAGCGGCGAGCAGAACGACGCCACAACAGAAGGGGACCGUCCGCAGGACACGAGCACUAAAGAACUACAAUGGUGGCGCGAGCAGAGAGUGCAGGAAGACGCCACGCCCAAGGGGACUCUGUGUAGUGUGGGUAUGACCGCCGUACUAAGAGUCGAAGUGGCCGGAAACCAGUGCGAAGCUCUUCUAGAUACCGGCGCCUCAAGGAGCUUCAUUAGCCCAGGGGCGGUAGAACGCCUGCAGCUGAGAACACGGAAGCUGCCUGAGGAACACGUGUUCACCGUAGCUAAUGGUGCGCAGUUGAGGAUAGUUCGAGUGGUGAAGGGGCUCACAAUGUGGUGUGGGACGGCCCGCCUAGCUGGCGACUUCUUAGUCGGGCCGGUGCCAUAUGAUCUAGUGCGGACCCCCGCCGAGCAGGCGUACGACAUACUGGCUAAACAGGUGGCUGACAUGACUAGGGAGGAAGCUACGGCACUCCUAAGCCCACCCUCUAAGAGGUAUAAGCCACCCCCAAGGGGCAAACGGAAAGCAGUGGUCGCUGCCCUGCUACAGCAGACUUCGGAGAGCGCAGCUUGCAUACACCACCCACUUCAAGGGCUCAACGUCAUACUAGCGCUUCCCGCGAUGGAGUCGGACGUGGCUCUGCGUCUAAUGGAGGAGUGGCAAGGGGCUUUAUGUUGUGUCUUGGUCGAAGCCUCCCCUUCCAACCCCCACCGACAGUGUCUUAAGGCACUACCCGUCUCCGCGUUCCCCGACGACGAGGAAACAUCCCCUUGGCCAACGGCCAAGCUAGAGUACUCGAAAUUCGAUACGUGGUUAACCUCCGAGGAGGCGCAGGAGACUCCCCGAGUGAUACUGGAUGUGUUGUGUACCCACCGUGCGGUCUUUCCGGAUAAACUUCCUACAGGGUUGCCACCGAAGCGCCCCCACGAUCACCGAAUCCUUCUCGUGCCAGGGAAGCUCCCUACGAAAUCGGCGAUCUACCGCAUGACCCCCGAACAACUUCUAUUUCACAAGCAGGAGAUAGCUAAGCUGUCUGCUAAUGGGUGGAUUGGCCCCACUUACUCUCCGAUCUGCGCACCUACGAUUAUGGUGGAUAAGCGUAGCGAUGGGACGGGCGAGCGAUUUCACCAGAUAAGGAUGGCCAAGGAGGACAGGUGGAAGACAGCUUUCCGUUCGGUUAUGGGGUUAUUCGAGUAUAAGGUCAUGCCCUUUGGCCUCAAGGGCGCGCCUGCUACCUUUCAGGCCAACAUCAAUGCAUACCUACAGCCUUUAUUAGGUCAGGGAGUCAUCGCGUACCUUGACGAUGUCCUCAUUUACAGCCCCGACCUUCCCAGUCACGUUACCCUCCUCCAACAAGUUCUACGUAUUUUCCUCGAUCAGCAAUUUUACCCAAAGUUCUCUAAAUGCAAGUUUGCGAAGCGGGAGCUUACCUACCUGGGCUAUACCGUCAGCGCGGAGGGUAUAAAACCCGCACCAGACAAGAUUCAAGUCAUCAAGGCGUGGCCCGAGGUGUUGGAGAACGAGACGCAAAUACGUCAGUUCCUAGGCACCGUUAAUUAUUGUCGCAUGUUCAUGGGCCCGGAUUUUGCUAGGGUCGCCCGCCCGCUCGUAGAUCUCACACGCAAGGGUGUCCCUUUCCAGUGGACAGACGCACACACUCAGGCGGUACGCCACCUCAAGCAGCGUUUGAUUGAUUACACCACCCUACAGAUUUCUGAUACCACGAAACCGUUUGAGCUCUACUGC